GGCCCCUCGGUGCCUCUAUCUCCGGUCCCCGGUCCUUCCAUCCCCGGUUACACGUUCCCUCUGACUCCGGUUCCCGAUCUCUCGAUGCUCCGUGCCUCACAUUUGGACCAGAACCAAAGUCCGAAGGGAAGAUGCGCGUUGUUGUUUUAUCACAUUGGGACAUGUUGUUGUAAUAAACCAUAAAAUGAUGAUGGUGGUGACAUGUAUUCACCGGGUUAUGGAGCGACUUUCUGCCCCGUCUCUGGUUUCAGCCUUUGUCCUCUCCCUUUCCUCCACGAGUUCCUCCCCCUGCGGCGCGGGGCGGAGUUUCACACCGGACUAGACGCUCCUUUUGUCGGGUUCGUUCCGAGCUGACUCCCCGGGUCUGACGGCGGAAAACAACCCACUUAGAGAGUCCAAACCGAGCCACCGGACCACAGCGGCGCGUGGUGUUGGCCCGGCUCUGUGCCCGGACCCGAAGACGGACUGCUCUCGUCCUGCUGCAUGAUGAAUGGCAGCGGCAGCGUCUCGGCGGCUCAGAGCUCCAGGAUCAAAAACGAACCAGAUGAUUGGACAAAGGAGGACUGUCUGACUCUUCUGGAGAAGAUUCACUCCCUGCUGCCGGACACAGACAGCAUGAAGUAUAAAACCACAGAGUCACACUUUGAUUGGGGGAAAGUUUGUUUCGGCAGCUUCAGCGGAGAAAUGUGUCGGCAGAAAUGGCUGAGAGUUUCAUCUGAGGUCCGUAAGUACAGAACGAUGACCGAGCUUAUCGUAGACGCCAUGGAGUCGGUCAAGAAUCCGUACAAAGGAAAAAAGCUGAAGACUCAUCCAGAUUUCCCCAAAAAACCGCUGACUCCGUACUUUCGCUUCUUCAUGGAGAAACGAGCCAAAUACGCCAAAAUCCACCCGGAGAUGAGCAACCUGGACCUGACCAAGAUCCUGUCCAAGAAGUACAAGGAGCUGCCCGACAAGAAGAAGCAAAAGUACAUCACAGAGUUCCAACGGGAGAAAGAAGAGUUUGAGAAGAACAUGGCUCGAUUCAAAGAGGAACAUCCGGAGCUGAUGGAGGAAAGGAAGAAGUCCGAUCUGCCGGAGAAACCCAAAACUCCUCAACAGCUGUGGCACAACCACGAGAAGAAGACCUAUCUGAAGCUGCACCCGGAGGUGAGUCAGAAGGAGCUCAAGGAGGCUCUGAGGAGACAGUGGUCCCAACUGUCUGACAAGAGGAGACUCAAGUGGAUCAGCAAGGCUCUGGAGCUUCAGAAGGAUUACGAGGGCAGUAUGAGAGCGUAUCACGUCGCUCACCCAGAUGUGACCUCUGAUGAUCACGUCCGGUCCGUCCUAACUAAAGCAGAGAGACAGCUGAAGGACAAAUUUGAUGGACGGCCAACAAAACCUCCACCGAACGGCUACUCGCUGUACUGUGCCGAGCUGAUGGUGAACAUGAAGGACGUCCCCUGCACGGAGCGCAUGGUGCUCUGCAGCAAACAGUGGAGGAUGAUGACACAGAAGGAGAAGGACAUGUUCCAGAAGCGCUGUGAGCAGAGAAAGAAGCAGUACGACGUGGACCUGCAGAGGUUUCUGGAGAGUCUUCCAGACGAGGAGCGAAACAGAGUCAUGGGCGAGGAAAAAUUGGGAGGAGCCAGAGCGGGAGGGGGCGUGUCCGCCAGCCCACACAGAGCCAAGUCUCCGGCCAAGGUGGUGUCUCCCCUCUUAUCGCAGGAGCGUGGUCGGGAGGCGGAGCCAGAGACAUGGACACCGGGUGAACAGACGAAGGACAGACGGGACGGGAAGAAGACCGGGAAGCUUCCUGAGACACCGAAAACCGCCGAGGAGAUGUGGCAGCACAGCGUGAUGGGCGACUACCUGGCUAAGUACAGAAGCGACCGCAGGAAGGCGCAGGCGGCCAUUGAGGCCGCCUGGAAGUCGAUGGAAAAGAAGGAAAAGAUUCCUUGGAUCAAGAAGGCAGCGGAGGACCAGAAGCGUUACGAGGUUCAGUACCAACCUGCGAGGGAGCUGUUGGAGACGAGGACUCCACCUGCAGCUCAGAGGAAACCAAAGUUCAAUGGAGAACCGAAGAAGCCUCCUGUGAGCGGCUAUCAGAUGUUCUCCCAGGAGCUGCUGACCAACGGCGAGCUGAACCACUUCAGCCUGAAGGAGCGGAUGGUGGAGAUCGGCAAGAGGUGGCACAAGCUGAGCCAGACUCAGAAAGACAAGUACAAGAAGAUGGUGGAGGAGCAGCAGGGGGAGUACAAGGCCGAGCUGGAGGACUGGGUCAAGUCUCUGUCUCCUCAGGACCGAGCCGUCUAUAAGGAGUUCUCCUCCUCGAAGCGUCGCAGCACCACUAAAGUUCGCAGCAGUCCGCUCGCUAAAGUCUGCGUGACGGCGAAGGGAAAGGCCGCCGGUACAAGAGCCGCAACGCAGCCGGUCGGGGUCACCAAGAGAGCCAUGGCGUACCGCGCCAAGCAGGACACGUCCGACUCAACGGGGAAGAGUGAGUCGUCGGACUCUGAUGACGACGAUGAGACGUCAGGAAGCUCAGACAGCGACGACGAGAACGAUGAUGAUGAUGAUGAAGAUCGGAGCUCCUCAGACGAAUCCAGUGACUCAGACUCUGACUAGCUCGGCCCCCUUCCCCUCAUUGGAGAGGACAGGCUGUGCAGGCCACGCCUCCUCACAUGCCAAUCAUCCAGGCAGACCAAUGAGAACGGUUGACCUCAGUGGUCCCGCCCUCGGGGGGGGGGGGGGGGGGGCGUGGUCUGUUACUCGCAUGGAGUGUUUUUUUAGAUCCGGUGGGCGGAGACUAUUGUUACCGCUGAGGGAGGAGCCAGUGUUCAGCCUCCAGCCCGAGAAAAUUAUUAACAAAUAAAUGCACUUUUUUCUCA